AUGGCCACACCUCGUGACGAUAUACACUCAUACUCCCUGACAUCCGAUGACUCUCAGCAGACCAUCAAUGCUGCUCUCAACAUUUUGAGACCACACAUCCCCGUCUCCCUUCCUUUAUACCGACGACUUCAGUUUGGCCGCUUCUUCGAUGCCACAGCCUUACUCACCAACCUCAACCUGGACGGACAACCGAAUAGCGCUCCCAACGGCACACCCAACCGCAUUACCGGCAAGCAAGAACACAAUCCUCAAAACGACCCCUGGCUCCUCGCCUUCGUGGACCGCUCAUGCCGCCCCGAAACCGAAGUCUGGCUCUCCGCCUCCUGGGACUCCCAACCCUCACCCCCCAUGCCGGACCAAGAACCCGCCAUCGACGCCCUCAUGACCUCCCUCCUCCAAACCCUGGCAUCCCUCCUCAUCCCUCCCUCCAUCCACGCCCCCGCAGAGGCCCCCGCCAACGGCACGAAAGACAGCGUCGGCCUCACGCACUCCGACUACGCCACCCACGCCUCGGAUCCGCGGAUAAUGCUCUGGGGCGCCAUCCACGCUUACACCGUCCCCGUCCUUACGAGAUUGGGACACUUGCCGAGGAGGUUCGAGACGAGCGUGAUGCCGAAUCAUUGCUUUAUCUUCGACGUUCCCACAUUACCAGCAUACGAGAAGCGUUCGCUAACCCCGGGGCUGAGAUGGGGAAAGUUGGGGCGACAGCACUUCCCGCUUGUGAGAUCAAGGACGCAGAUUCCGAGGCAGGAUAGGACGUUAGCUGUUCUGCCUAACUUGGCGAUCUUUGAGGGGGAUGUGCCGGUGGCGUGGGCGUUCAUUGGGCUCGAUGCUAGUCUCUCGACUUUACAUGUCGAGGAACCUUAUAGGGGGCAAGGGUUGGCGAAGGCGCUGACGACGAAGUUGUUUCGGGAGGAGAUGGGGCGGUUUUGGAAGGAUGGCGGGGAGAAUCUGGCGCAUGGGUAUGUGAUUGAUGGGAACAAGCAGAGUGAGGGGAUGUGUAGGAGUUUGGGCGGGAAGAGUGGGUGGUGGGUUUAUUGGCUGAGAGUGGAGUUGGGGGAGGGACAGAGCUGA